AUGACAGCGGUGUAUCAGGCGACGUGCACGGCACCCGUGAACAUCGCUGUAAUCAAGUACUGGGGCAAGCGUGAUACGCAGCUGAUUCUUCCUACGAAUGACAGUCUUAGCGUCACGCUUGACCAGGACCAUUUGCGGACCGUGACAACAGCGCGCGCUGAUGCCUCGUUUGGCACGACCGAGGACCUGGGAUCACGUCAUGAUAAGCUGUGGCUCAACGGUAGCGAAGAGAGUAUCAAGCCGGGUGGGCGUCUCGAAGCAUGCUUGACGGAGCUGCGCAGGCUGCGUGCUGAUCGCGAAGAACGCGAUACAUCACUUCCGCCGUUGUCCCGGUGGGGUCUUCGUUUGUGCUCGGAAAACAACUUCCCGACAGCGGCUGGUCUGGCAUCGUCUGCGUCGGGCUUUGCAGCGCUUGCGAUUACCGUCGCGGAACUCUAUGGUCUAAGCAGCAUCCUCUCGCGCUCGCAACUCUCUAUGAUUGCGCGCCGUGGAAGUGGCUCGGCUUGUCGCUCCGUGUUUGGCGGCUUUGUCGCGUGGAAUAUGGGCACGGCUGACGACGGCACCGACUCCCUUGCUGUGCCGGUGGCGAAUCGCGAACACUGGCCCGACCUGCACGUCCUGAUUUGUGUGGUGAACGAUGGCAAGAAGGGCACGUCGUCCACGAGCGGCAUGCAGAAGACGGUCGAGACGUCGCCUUUGCUGCAGCACCGCAUCCGUCAUGUGGUCCCGGAGCGAAUGCGUGCCAUGACGGAAGCCAUUGCGGCCCGCGACUUUGGCGCCUUUGCACGCGUCACCAUGGCCGACUCGAACAACUUCCACGCCUGCUGCCUGGACACGGCUCCGCCGAUCUUUUACAUGAACGACACGUCGCGUGCCAUUGUGCAGGUCGUAGAGGAGCUGAAUCGUGCGCGAGCUGAGGCUGGAGAGGAUCCUAUGGCUGCCUAUACCUUUGACGCUGGUCCCAAUGCCGUGCUGUACAUGCGUGAAAAGGACGUGCCCACAGUCCUGCGCGCCGUGCAGCACUACUUCCCAGGCGCGAGCUUCGACGACCCCUUCCAGAUGGCUUCCAACGAUGCACCCCUGCCGGCGACAUUCCGCCACGACAUUGUGCCCGUGCAUCCCGCCGAGAGUGUGCGCCGCGUGAUCCACACGCGUGUCGGCGACGGUCCUCGUGUGCUUGAGCAUGGCCUGGGCCCGCAGUCGUUGCUCACGCCCGAGGGUGUGCCUGUGCGCACUACAUAG